CAAACCAAAAUACUGGCCGCAAUAUGCCUUCUAACCUUUUUUGCUUUCUCUUCCUCCUCUUGCUGCCUCUAUGCGUUUUUGCCCAAACUAAUCACAAUGUAAGCAUAGGCAGCUCCCUCACUGCAGGUGACAAUGCCUCAGCCCCAUGGCUUUCCGAGUCCGGUGGCUUCACAUUCGGGUUUCGCCAGGUUGAAGGUAAGGACCUCUUCUUGCUUGCCGUAUGGUAUCAAAAAAUACCGGACACUAUAGUUUGGUAUGCGAACGGGGACAAUCCCGCAGCCAGAGGAUCCAAGGUGGAGCUGACCACGGACCAAGGGCUAGCACUUACAAAUCCUCAAGGUGAAGAUUUGUGGAGAUCGCCAUUCACAAGGGGUUCCGUAGCCUACGGUAUAAUGAACGAUACGGGCAACUUUGUCCUUAUAGGUGAAACAUCUGAAAGCUUGUGGGAGAGCUUCAAAGAUCCUACUGACACAUUGUUGCCUACUCAAAUAAUGGAGCUAGAUGGGGUGCUUUCGUCUCGGAAAGGCACGACCGAUUUCUCGCGAGGAAGGUUCCAGUUUCGUUUGCUAGAAGAUGGGAAUGCUGUGCUCAAUCCCAUAAACAUUCCCAGCAACAAUACUUACGAUGCAUACUAUGUGAGUGGCACUCGCGAUACUUCAAACCAAUCAAAUUCUGGUUACCGCGUGAUCUUUGACAACUCAGGUUUCUUGUACAUAGAGAGAAGAAGUGGGGAGAGAUUUUAUAUUACCAAACCAGAUGAAGUUGUCUCAUCCACUAGCUAUUAUCAUAGAGCAACUCUUAACUUCGAUGGAGUUUUCACAGUAGGUUAUCACCCGAAAAACUCCCCCAGCAACGAUAGUUGGACUGUCAUCCGGAGCAUUCCAGACAAUAUCUGUGUGGACCUGCUCAGUGACAUAGGCAGUGGCCCUUGUGGGUUUAAUAGCAUCUGCAAAUUGGAUGACAAUCAAAGGCCGACAUGCAGUUGCCCACAAGGAUACUCUCUGCUCGAAAACGAUCCGUACGAAAGCUGCAAGCCUGAUUUCACACUAAGCUGUGAAGAAGAUGCAGGGAGUGCCCCGGAAAAUAUUUACGACUUAGUGCAGCUACCGAACACAGACUGGCCAUUUUCGGAUUAUGAGUUUUUUAGGCCUUACAAUAUAGAGGACUGCAAAAACUCUUGCAUGCAUGAUUGCCUAUGCGCUGCGACUAUAUUCAAAGACAAUAGCUGCUGGAAGAAGAGGCUACCACUUUCUAACGGGAGAGAGGACAGGGAAGAACGCUCGAAGGCUUUCAUUAAGGUGAGGAAAAACAAUUUCAACAGGCAGGAUCCACCCAACCCAGUUCCUGCAGAUGCAAACAACAAGGGCACUUUAACCAUUGUGGUAUCGGUUCUAUUAGGCAGCUCUGUGUUUGUGAAUGUAUUACUGGUAGGUGCAAUGUGUUUGGGCUUUUUCUUCUUCUACCGAAGGAAACUCACACUGCCGGCUAGCCCUGACGAAAGUGUUAUGGAGAGGAAUUUGCGGCAGUUUACCUACGAAGAACUCACACUGGCAACCGAUGGGUUCAAAGAAGAACUUGGAAGGGGAUCUUGUGGCAUUGUGUACAGAGGAAUCAUUGAAACAAGUCCCAUUGCGGUCAAGAAGUUAGACAGAGUGUUAGAAGACAGUGACAAGGAAUUUAAAACUGAGGUGAACGUAAUUGGCAAAACACAUCACAAGAAUUUGGUUAGUUUGCUUGGGUACUGUGCUGAGGGGCAGCAUAGAAUGCUGGUAUACGAGUUCUUGAGCAAUGGCACCCUAGCAAGCUUCCUAUUUGGGGAUUUGAAGCCAAGUUGGAGCCAGAGGACCCAUAUUGCUUUCCACGUUGCAAGAGGACUAUUUUACUUGCACGAAGAAUGCAGCACCCAGAUCAUCCACUGUGACAUCAAGCCUCAGAACAUACUUCUUGAUGAGUAUCACAAUGCUCGAAUUUCGGACUUUGGGCUUGCAAAGCUUUUGCUGAUCAAUCAAAGCCAAACCAAAACUCACAUAAGAGGAACCAAGGGGUAUGUUGCGCCAGAUUGGUUCAGGACGUCUCCGGUCACCGUUAAAGUCGAUGUGUAUAGUUUCGGUGUGCUGCUGCUAGAGAUUAUCUGCUGCCGGAGAAAUGUGGAUAUCGAAGCAGCUGGAGAAGAGAGGGGAAUUCUGACUGAUUGGGCCUAUGACUGCUACCAGUUAGGCAAACUGGAUGCCCUGGUUGGAAAUGAUGCAGAGGCAAUCAGUGACACGAGGAAGCUGGAGAGAUUUGUGAUGGUUGCCAUUUGGUGUCUUCAAGAGGAGCCCUCUCUAAGACCCACCAUGAAGAAGGUGAUGCUGAUGCUUGAAGGAAUUGUUCAAGUUUCUGUUCCCCCAAGUCCUUGCCCAUUUAGCUCCAUCAGUUGAGACUAGCUUCCAUUUUUAGCCAAACCAAAAAAGGUUUAAUCUGUUUCGCAAUUGUUUUCUUCAUUUGCCUAUAAUUUAUUGUGACUAUUUAUUUUAUUGUCUGCCCCAAGAGCACUAUUUAGUUCUUGUGGUCCUAAUUCCGAAAGCUACGCCUGUUAUUGUCUCCUCUUAAUUGAUGGAGGCAAAGCUUAGUUUUUUUGGGUUCAAAUUUCUAUUUAUUUCGGUUGAGAUUUCAUAGAAAUUA